UUCCGGGCCACCGGCCCUGCAGGCUAAGCGCGCCCACCCCGCCCACUCCCACCUCCCGGCACCGCGCCUGCGCAGUGGCAACGUGUGGACUCCGAAGUGUUUCGUCUGGGUGCUGGGCGCGGCUGUUGAGCAAUGGCGUCGGUGGCGCAGCUCAAAGCAGCUUUAAAGGAAACACUGGAAAGAAAAGGUGCACUUGGACAAAUAAAAGCAAGGAUCAGAACUGAAGUUUUUAAGGCACUGGAUGACCAAAAUGAGCCACGUCCACCGCUGACUCGUGAAAACUUUUUAAUCAACGAACUAAUACGUGAAUACCUGAAAUAUAACAAGUAUAAUAAUGCAGCACAUGUUUUAACUGCAGAGUCUGGCCAGCCUGAAGUGUCCUUGGAUAGGCAGUUUCUUGUCAAAGAGCUGAACUUAGUUGAAGGCACAAAUGGAAAAUCAGUACCUCUCUUGUAUGGAAUUCUCUCUCAUUUCUUACGUGAUGGUAAAGAAGAAAGUAACCAGAAUACCCCCGCAAGAAUGACUUUGCUGAAUUAUCCAAAGCAGAACUUUGGCAAACCACCUACUGAUAGAAAUUAAAAAGAUAGAAUUCCAGAGCCAGGAAGGACAGCUGGCACAAGCAUCGAAGAGCCCCUUUGUUACACGAAGUAUGAACAAGUGAUAUCUUUUGUAUGCUAAUUUCUCAUGUAAAGUCCUGUAAGAGUUCAUUUAGGAAAUUCUUCUUCGCAUCCAUUUCACCAGUCUAUCCAGUGGGACCACUUCAGCUUGUUAAAUCUACCAAUGAGACAGGAUGACUUUGUCAUACAUACUGUCAGUUAAAAAAAUGCUAGCAAAGGCUCUUUCUCCAGUGCUGAUACAAGCAAAACUGUAUAAGAAGUUAGAUUAGUGAUGCCUGUCUCUAGAAUUUAGUCUAACAAUAUACUUUAUAAAAACAGGUUUGCCUUAUAAAAGUGUAUGCGACAACUUAACACUUCUGCACUUUGUUUGUGUGUUUGUGUUUCUGAAUAAAUUUUUUUCUGUUCUAUUCAGUGUGGAAUUUUUAAAGUGUUCAACCUAAAUAUCUGAAUCACUCUUUUAAAAGGGGAAACUGCUACUUUCAGGUAAGUAUGGGAAAAAAAAGUUGAAUAGAAAAUUAAAGUACUUUAGAGGAAUAGAUAGUUUUAGUUCUCCAGAAUGCACACUAUAUUUAUCUUCAUGCCAACAAACACAUGAGAGUAAGUCUUUUCCAUCUGGAGUUGCUAUAAGCUGUGUAACACUUACACAAGGAAGGGGAGAAACGUGGUUUUUCCCCAGAAGACAUGAAACUCAGGCAAAGCUAAAAAUAAAGUUGAUAACAGAUUGCUGAUUACCAGAACUUUUUUUAGCUGAGGUGUUUACAUGUUUUGAAAUGGGAAUUUAUUUUAAAAGCCAAACUUAUAGGGGUAUGUCAGAAAUAACAGGUUAGCUACUUAUUUUAACAAAAUGUAUAGACUUUAAUGCAUCAAAUGAUACUGAGAGGAGUUUUGUAUAAAUAUAUUUUAGGGUUGCAUUCUUAAAAAUCUUAACUGUUAUACAAAUGGUACAGUAAGUGGGAAAUAAAGAGAGUUAAGAGGACAUGCAGUUUGUGAGUUUAAGUGAAAGGACCCCAGGUUGUACACACCUCAGAGUUUUGCUUUUAUCUUGAUCAGACCCAGUUGGUGUUACAGGUGGUUUGUUUUAUUUGUGAAGCAGCCUAGCCUCUACUGUGAUGUGAAACUGCAGACGAGCUAUAUGCUGAAAGGAAGUGUUGCAUUUUAUCCACUUGAAGCCUCAGUAGUGAGUUCACCCUCUCUGUGUGACUGGCAAUACUGCUAGCUCCCCAUUUCCUGAUACGUAAGUAUCUCAGGCCCCUUGCCAGGAGGGGAAGACAUGUGUUUGCAAAUCCACCUCAGUCAGAUCCAUCUUUUAAGUCUUGUAGCUUUCUGUCAAUUAGAAUUGACCACUGGGUCAGACAAGCAAAUUUGUCUCUGUGCCCUCAAUGUCUGCUCUGUGCAAAUGUGUUGGCACCAUUGUCAGGUUCAAUCACUUGGCUGAAGAGCCAUCCGUGUGGAAACUACCACUGUGGGACUCUACCUCAUUACUCAGUCUUUCCUACCACAUCAGUGCUAAUAUUCACAACCACUGAUCUCUCAGUUUCUCUACCUAUAAAUACAGUAGAAAAAUGGUCUUCUAAGGUGUUAUUUGUGAAUUACCUUCAUUUUUAAAUGUGCUAAAAGUGACUCUACGAAAAGUUGCGAAAGUGAGCUUUGAAACAAUGCAGGUACGAUUCCCUGACCACAGAAAUCCCUGAAUUUUUAACUUCGCGUUUCCAGAGGUUAACUGCUAGAUCCCUGUUUCUCCAGAAACCAGUGGAUGAAAUUGUUACGUAUCUGAAUUUUCUCUUCAAGGGCAAGGAGAAAAGCUCUGGGAAACACAGAAGCUCUAGCGUUCUAUGAUGCAAAUCCUCCAGUGUAACCCAAGCCAUUGCAUCUGCUUUCUGUCUUUCCACCGCAGAUCAUACAGAAGCUGACCAGGUGUCAUGGAGCUCCCUGGGAAAUGGAUUUUUCAUGGUGGAAGUUAAAUACAAUUUUUGUUCUGGCUGAGUAAGGCAAAGCACUAUUGGGUACUUGCCUUUCCCAAGCACACAGCUCAGCAGACUUACAGGCUCGUGGUCUCCACAGCCAUGACAGCAGAGGCUGUUACAAGAGUGUACUUACUAAGCUUUGGGGGAAGGAAUAGCUGUAAUCAGAGGAGAAUUCUAUUUAAGGGAAUUUCAGCACUAUUUUCUUAGGGGAUGGUUUCUUCAGCUCCUUGUCAGGAUCCUGAGCUGGGAUGGUGGGUGGAAGCUGGCCUGUUUGCUCUUGGUGCAACAUGCUUCAUGUAAUCCUCUAAUACCCUCAGAGCCCAGAUUUGAGCAUUUGGGACAAUCUCUUGUUUUAAAGUAUAGCCAUUGUACAAGCCAAUUGAACUAAAGUGUAUUUCCCUAGUAUUUAUUUGUACAACAAAGCUUUGAAAUAUUUCUAUGAAAAUACAUUGGUCUAAUCACAUUAUUAGUGGUCUAGCAUUUAUCCUGAUAGCACAUGAAAUACGAGAGCAUCUUUCAAGAUGCAGAUGUGGCACAUCCUAUUAAUGUCAGCCUGCUUACUCUCUAACAGAUGAAUUCCAAGGCCUUUGCAACAUUCACAUUUCCCAAAAACUAAUUCCUUAAAAGUUUAAGCUAAGUGAGAUCAGUAUUUAGAGGAAAAUAAUUCACAAUCCUAGAGUCACAGGUUCAGGUUUUAGACAAAAUUGCCAUGUAGGUGAGCAUGCACAAAAAUUGUUUUCUCCAAUAAUUAAAGAAUCUCCAUCUAGCUUCAUUACAGACUGUGAUGUCUUGCAUUAACUGCCCUUGGUCCUUCUACUGACAUCAGAAAGUGAAAGGAAAAAAGAAAAUAUAUAUAAGCAUGUAGAAGUUUGGGGACUUUGAUGAUCAAAAUGCAUUUCUGAGGGGUUUUUUUUGAGAUAGAACACUAGCUCAGACUGUUACAGAGGAACUACGUUAAAAAAGGCUGUUCGUUGUCCAAGCAUGGUGUCACAAGUGAAGGUGACAAGGAGGCAGUGAAGUUUGGUGUGGGUAUCAGAGCUGGAAAGCACUUUGGAAGAAUUUAGAAGAUUAAAAAACAAAUUCUUUAAAACCAAAUUUCUGCUGUCCCCUAGAACCAGAGGAAACCGUCUAUGGACUCCAGAGGUAUUAGUUUCUGUCAUGCACAAGGGAAAUUUUUGUCUAAACUUUUAUCAACACGCUCCAGGGACUCAGUUACGCUUUCCUUCCUGAGCACCCUUUGUAUCAAGCUGAAUCUUGGUGUCAGCUGAUCAGUUUUCCGGAGGAGUGAUUA